GUUUCUAUGUGCUAAAUUGUGUAAACGCCUACGCAUGAUUCACUGUGCUCUGAACUAAAUAACUAUAACAAUUUAUUGGAAGUUAUAAAAUUCGUGUAAAUGCAAUUACUCUUGAAACUAAAAAGAAAAUCAGAAGAGGUUUUUGUGGAGAUGAUAAUGAAUAUCAAAUCAUUGACUAUAUUGAUAUUUAUCAUAAUUUUAUUAAUAAAUAAAUCUGAUCCAAGUCCAACGAUUAAUCAAAUCAUUAAAAACAGAUGGGAGGUGUUCUUGGAAAGGCAGGAACAUGAGGAAUUUUGGUUUAACUUCUUUGAACUUAUCUUAAACUGGCUUGAAUCAUGCUAUUUUAAAGGAUCGCUAUGGAGAGCAGCGUUAUUUCCUAAUGAGACAAAUUGAAUAUGAAAGAAGAUCAAUUCAAUAAGAGCUAAUACUGUUACAUGAUCUGAUGAACAUAUUCUACAUUAUAUAUCUGUAUAUUAAUACGCUAUUUCGAUUAAAAAAAACAUUAUUUUAAUGCCUACUAUAAA